UCCACUUGUCUUUUCCAAUUUAGCAACAUGUUUCCUGUUGUGAAGACAGAAGAAACUGCCAUCACUGAUCAAGAAGCUUCCUCCGUUUCACAAAUGGAAGGUAAGAGUUGCAGCCAGCGAUGGAGGACACAUCUCCCAGAGUUUAAACACAGCCACAGAUUAUGUCCAGCUGCAGACAACGGUCAAAGAACUGAUGGAAAACACAAGGAGGCCAACAAUAAUGUGACCAUAGCAGCCACAUCCAGGUACCUGACAUACCGACGCUAUGUGGAGAGAAAACCUCUGACCUCUGGAGAACAGCAUGGCUCUAUCCUAAAGGGAACACAUCCACAGAACGUCACAGAAAAAGUAAAACCUCAUGACAGCAGAACAGAACAUACCAGCAUAAGAGACCUGACUGAACCAAGAGAGGCUGCAGGGAGCCACAGUCACAUCUCACUUUCCACUGCCUCCAGCAAAGACCACACCUCACCAUUGAAUGUCUCGGGGCUCCAGGGCCGGCCAGGUAGCGAGGAGCCUGGUUUUAGAUUAUCUUUUCAUGGCAGCAAAUCAGUUCUGCAAAGUCCCUUCAGUUCCAUUCUGGAGGUCCAAAAACUAAAUCCUCCUGUGAGGCCACAGCUGACCUCUACAGUUCUUUAUCCCACCUACACUCCUCGCUCACAGAACUUCAAGUCCUCCAAGGCUCAGCUCAGAUUCCAGGAAGGAACCAGAAGGGAGGACACUAGCCUAGGUAUUCCAAAGGAAUCCUCAAAAAGAAAUGAUAUGUCUUCCUUUCAGGAGGACUACUGGACCUGUGCCAUUCCAAAAACUCUCCCCCCUUCUCCAAACAGGCAGUCUGCUGGUUGGAACCCUAACAAAGAGUAUGAGACUUUGCUGGACUACACCUACCCUCUGAGACCAGGACAUGUGGACUGUGAGUGGAGUAGCUCUGAGCUACAAGGAGACUCUUUUCUGAAGACAAACCCAUACAUGCAAGACUCAGGAAUUGAAUUAGACCAUCUUGACAGCUCUGCCAGCCUUUCAGGGUUUGAGUUUUCUGAAAAUGGGGAAGAGAAGACCAGAGACACUCAGACUUUUUUUGCAGGUUACAGGUCACCUGACCUUGAGGGUUUCCUCAAAUCCUCAGAUAGUCCAUCUUUCAGUACCCCGGUGUCCCUUACGAAACCCAUGGGUUUGUUUUCAGACAGUUUGGAUCGCAGUAGGGACAAAUGUGAAAACAGGUAUCACAACAGGAGUGGACACAACCAUCAGCAUCGUGCAGCCGCUUCUUCCACGUCUACAACCUUUGUUUGCUCCACCACUGUUCUUCCACGGUCCAGGAACAUUUGUGGAGAGGUUGAUGAAGAUUUCUUGCUUCUUCCAGAGCAGCUGGAGGAGUUGCAGCAGCUGUCCAGACAGGUGAGGGAGGUAACGGCCCAGCUGAGCCGCCCAGUGACAGCCAGCUUGGAGUCUCUUGACCAGGCCACCAUUUUGUCCUCCGUCACCUUGUCUAGGAAACAGGAAGCUGAACAUGAGGAUGGAAAUGAUCUUGGCAGAAAACAAUCAGAAGAGAGUAAUGGUGCUGAGACAGAGAGCCAUGAAAGAGACUCUGAGUCCAUCAGAAGUGGUUUUGGUGCUGGAGUUAAACGUUUUGGAGGAGGACUGAGUCAGUCCAAUGUCAGGGAGGUGGAGACUUUGAUGAAGGAGCUAUGUACCCCCACCCUCCCUGAAGGCCAGAAGAACAGCCAAGAACUUCAGGAGAAGAGUGACUCUCUGAUGCAGCGCACUAAGGUUUUCUGUUCACACCUGGAGCUGCUCAUCCAGCAGCUGUAUGCACUGGCAGAGAGGAUGGAGCGGCUUGCUGCACCCACUGUGGACAUAGAGUCUGUAAAGUUAUCUCUGGCCGAGUAUCAGAGCUUUCAGAAAGAGAUGAGCGAGCAUCAACCUCUGACCUCAUGUGUGCUACAUGCUGGACAGCAUCUCCUCAGCUGCAUCAACAACACCUCGCCAUUUUUAAGAGACACGCUGCUGCUCAUCGAGAGGCAGUCUGGAGCUUUGCAGACCCACUCGGACCACAUGUUCUCCUCAAUCCUGUUCGCCAUGGACAGUCUGACGCAGAACACUUCCUCUAGUCCAGCUGAGUGGAGGAGAGUGGACGGCCCUGUAGGGACUUAAAGUUUGUAGGCAAACUGCA